AUGGUGGAAGAAGAGCCGCGCGUGAGUGACUUGCAGUUCGUUGGGCUGUCGACGUACCACGCUUUUGCUCGAAGCCGUGGUCGAGCCGCUUUGGACUUCUCACAUGCUGGCGGCAAGCAGUGA